AUGAGGACUGGACACCGGGACCAGAGCGAGACCGAGACCCGAUCCCUCGGCCACAAACAGGUCAGGCCAGCGGUCAGCUCGGGAGAAGUCCGAGAGGAUCCGGUGACCAGGUGUGGGAGUAAAGUGCUACGGUGUAAAGUGCUAUUAAAGUUUUACCGGGCUACAGUCAGGGCGCGGCUACAGGAGGAGAACAGGGUCAAGCGGAGACACCACAAAAGCAAAGGCUGUCGGGGUUUUCUCUGCCACGAAGAAAAAGGUGUUUGA